AUUCAGUCCUCGACAAUCCACGCCUCACGCUCUUUACUGCUGCAAUUCCUCCCCAAGCGCGCCAUGCUGUGCUUGUAGGCCCAGGGCCGCGACAAUUCGUCCACAGUCCCCGUGCAUCCUGCCUCCGCGCCGUCAGCACCGCUUUCACCCGCCAGCAUCCAUCGUCCUCGACCACGCCGAGUCCCACCCCGUGGUGACGCCCACUGCCCGAGCCUUCUCCCCAGAGCUCACCACCACGAUGCUCGCGCUCCCUGCCGGCAUAUAACCAUAUCUCUGCCGGUCCUCGGGCGGACGCUCGUUUUCUGGCCUGGGACAGUUGUCGUACCGAACUGGAGCCCGCGCCGCGACAACACUCGCAAUGGGCGACCAACUCACAUCCGGGACGCUGGUGCCGCCUGCCGUCGCCGCACUGAAGGAGGACGCUGCGGCCACGAGCUCGUCACGCGUGGCCAUGGAGAGAUCAAUCAGUAUGGAUAUCAGGGAAGAGCGGGAUGACCUCAAGGAAGCCGCCGAGCAGAGCAUGAACGUCAUUAUGGACCUCAACCUCGACGGGAACAUUCGCUGGGUCAGCCCGUCCUGGGAAACUGUCAUUGGAACCACGCCAGAGUCUGUCAAAGGGAAAGCCAUUGCCGACCUGCUCGUCGGAAACAACACCCAAUUCGCCGACACGCAGGAAUCUAUGAAGAAGGAUGACUCCCGCAGCCAGAUCAUCCGCUUCUCUAUACGCAUGGGCCCGUCCUCUGUCCUGCUUCCCAAGCGGUCGCCACGUCGAAAGGAUUCCGACGAGGACCCUCUUGCCGAGCAGCCAUGUGAAGUAGAAGAGGAGCAUAUUCUCAAUCUGGAAGCACAAGGCAUCAUGGUCUACGACCGCACCUCAGGAGGCGAAAGCCACACUAUGUGGAUGAUCCGCCCUUCGGUCAUUCGGGAAGUGACCAUCGACCUCCCCAUGGUUCUCGUUGAAGCUCUGGGAGUCGGUGCUGAGAUGCUUGCUAACCACUUGACCGCCUUGGCCGAGGUUGGUGCCAACGAUCCGGCCAACCACCCACCUCCCUUACCAGUGCUAUGUCGUAUUUGCGAGAGACAGAUAACGCCAUGGUGGUUCGAGAAGCAUACGGAACUCUGCCUGCAAGAACAUCGAGCGGAGAUGGAGGUUCAGCUUGCACAAGAAAGUCUCUCAGACCACCGAAACUCAAUCGUCAAAGUCCUGGAUGCCCUAGAGGCUCACACUCGCCAACCCAGAGCUACAUCUGGCGAGAUUGCCACUCCUCCGCCAAUACCGGAAUAUAAAGGCAUGCCCAUUCAACCCACCUCUACUCCAUCCUCUGGCACUCCUUCUGGUAGAAACUCCCCCGCUUCUCCCCCAGCUCGCUCGCGCGACCGUUCAGCAGGCUUUGGACACCACCGUGCGCGAUCUUUUGCCAUCCGAAGGCCGCUCUCUCGUAUCGUGGAGCUUGUUUUGGAUCUGUGUGAUACUGCGCUGGAGAUCAAUACACCCGCCAUCAAGGAUACCAGAGUCCAGUCUGCCUCUGACAUCCGAACUCAGUCGCCUCAAUCGGAAAAUCGCAUCUCUCAAGUGCUUCAGUGGCAGUCUCCAAGCACCGGUGCCGUCGAGAACGAGCAGGGGCUCGCUGCUCUCUGUGAAGACACCUCAACUCUUGCUCGGGUUAAAGUCGACGCGGUCUUUCGCCAUCGCCGCAUUCUAGAGUACUCGGAGCGUAUUCGUGUAGAGUUCGAUGUUUUAGUUCAGGAAUGCAUUGAAGCUGCCAUGAUCAAGGCUGCACGGAUAGCCGCGGGCGAGGACAGCUCUUCCGGAGAUGAAGAGGAGGACGAGCUACAACAACUACAACAGGACAACGAUGACCAGGAUUCAAUCACACACGAGAAUCCUAUAGAGGAAGGCGUCUUCCCAGGCUCGUUUGAUGGGCCCUCAUUGAUCUCUGCAGCGCUUCGUCAUGGUUCCGACUCCCCUCUCCCAUCGCACAGGGAAGCUAGAGAGUCGUCUAUUGCGGGGUCAACCAGGUCCAGCAGCCCCAGAGGUUCCCAGACGCCACGUUCACACGCAGGAGCCAUGAGUAUAAUAUCGCAGAACAAGCGGCAAUCCAUGCAUUUCGAAAGCGAUGCCGGGGCGGACAGCGACAGCAGUGUACGAUCAUCUGCCAUGUCCAACCCUCGUCGAGCGGAUUCUCCAGGGUCAGAACUUGGUUUGAGUCGUGUUGCAAGUUCUCGGGACCGGAAGCGGAAGAGUCUGAUUCUCCCAAGCGUUAUGUCAAGCCGUCAACACUCGCCUGCUAGGUCCAUGCAACCACCUUCUUCGCCGUUAAGAAUGACAAAGCCACGACUGCCCAGCGGAAUGGAGGGUCUCCAGUCUCCCGUCACUUCUCCCGUGCUAGCUGGUAGCGAAUUCUCGUCCCCUGCGAUCACUGCUCAGAUCCCUCACCACCGUAGACAGUCUUCUGCUGCUGGAUCAGAUGUUCUUCGGCCAGUCUCACCACGCUUGAUACCAGUCAGCGCCCCUCAGCCGCGAGCUGUACCGCCUUCCAUCAAAGACUUUGAAGUCGUUAAACCGAUCAGUCGUGGUGCUUUUGGGGCCGUGUACCUAGCGAAAAAGAGGUCAACCGGCGACUAUUUUGCCAUCAAAGUGCUUAAGAAAGCCGACAUGGUGGCCAAGAACCAAGUCACCAAUGUAAAAGCUGAGAGAGCAAUCAUGAUGUGGCAGGGCGAGAGUGACUUCGUGGCGAAACUCUACUGGACUUUCUCGAGCAAAGACUUCUUAUACCUGGUGAUGGAGUACCUGAAUGGAGGAGAUUGUGCAUCUUUGAUCAAAGUCUUGGGUGCACUUCCCGAAGACUGGGCCAAGAAGUACCUCGCCGAAGUCGUCUUAGGAGUCGAGCACCUUCAUAGCCGUGGCAUCAUUCACCGUGAUCUCAAACCCGACAAUCUCUUGAUAGAUCAAAAAGGACAUCUAAAGCUUACCGACUUUGGUCUUUCCCGGAUGGGUCUGAUAGGCCGACAAAAACGAAGAGGAAGAGAAUCUGAAGAGCCAGCUCCAGAUUUACUCAAACAAGGACCCUUCCAUCGUGCGCCGUCGGUUGGCUCAUCUCGGUCGGCGUCCUUCGAUCUCAAUCCAUCACCGACCAACACUCCGAACUUGACGGCGGCCCUAGGGGGAGACCUUGGACAGCCUUCCUAUUUCAGUCUCAACCGAGAUGACAGCAGAGAGCCAUCUAGAAGAGCGUCAGGCAGCCGAGGUGACAGCGGAGAAGGCGAGGCAAUGCAGGCCAUGUUCCGUCGUUUCUCCCUCGUCGAUAACAUGAGCUCCAAUCAUCGAGCGCGAUCACCGAUUGAAGAAGAGAGUUAUAGCGACGAAGGGUCCCCGGAUAUAUUCACCUUACAACAUACUUCCACCAACUCAAGCGCUGCUCAGAAUAGUACUCCGCCUCAGACCUCUGGAAUGCCUCCUCCUCCAAUGACUCUUUUCGAUCCAGAGGAUGCUUCUAACCGUAAAUUCGUUGGUACUCCUGACUACCUUGCUCCUGAAACCAUUCGUGGAAGCGGUCAAGACGAGGUCAGCGAUUGGUGGUCACUGGGAUGCAUCUUGUUCGAGUGCUUGUAUGGAUAUCCUCCCUUCCACGCCAACACUCCUGAAGAGGUAUUUCAUAACAUUCUUGCCCGCAAGAUCGACUGGCCGGAAGACGAUGUCGCUCAAGUUUCAGAAGAGGCGAAGGACUUGAUGAACCGUCUCAUGUGCCUCGACCCAACACAGCGAUUAGGGGCCAACGCCGAGGACAAAUAUCCAAGUGGUGGAAUGGAGAUCAGGAGCCAUCCCUGGUUCUCAGAUAUGAAUUGGGAGACUCUACGUGAGGAUGAGGCAUCCUUUAUUCCUGCGCCAGAAAAUCCCGAGGACACAGAAUACUUCGAUACGAGAGGAGCAACGCUUCAGAGCUUUGCCCCAGAAUUCGAAGACCAAGGAACUUCUUCUGCAGGUACACCAGGUGCGGAUUAUCCAGACCGACCACACGACGCACUAUCACGGGUUCGCUCCCAGAUCAGUGUUACAUCAAUGAAGCGAGGAUUAAUUCCGCUGCACAUCCCCGCUCAUGUUCGCGAGGGGAGAAGCAGAAGAUUGAGCGAGCCCAUGGCAACCGACGACUUUGGCAAUUUUAGUUACAAAAAUCUUCCGGUUCUUGAGAAAGCGAAUAAAGACGUCAUUCAGAAGCUUCGUGCAGAAGCUAUGCAGGCUCAGAUCAAGUCGCCAUCCGCAGUUCAAUCACCCAGCCUUCCGUCUCCGUCGCCAUCCUUAGACUCUAGCCCCAUGCUACCAGCGCCUCUGAAGCGAACGCUUUCAACAACAAAACCUACUGGUAGACCGUCGUCUCCCUCAGUGAGCCAGCCUAAUUCCUCGCCAAGCCGGCCCUCACAGCCGUCCUCGCCGCUGUUAGUAUCCUUUAGCACCGGUCAGAACAAUGAAAGGCGGAAGACGUCUAGUAGUAGCUCAUCCACUCUUUCUCAUCAGCCUAGCAACAACCUCCAGCCAGGAAGUUUUUUCGAUGCUCCACACUUAGGAUCCGGCUUCAAGCCUUCCUCAAACGCCGUAUCGCCUAUCAAACUUUCCAAAACACCCAGCGCCAUCUCGCAGUCGUUUCAAGAAAAGGCUCUACAGAAUCGGCAAACGUCUAUGUCGUCUCAUGGGAGCGUUUCCUCGCCUAGAGCAAGAUCACAAACCAUAGGGUCACAAGAAGGCGAUGUAGUGAGGGAUCUUGUUCCUUCUCACCACAAGAGAAGAAGUCAGGUAUUUGAUAUAUCACCCUCGUCUUCUGAUACUGAGGAUUCUCGAGCGAAAGCACUUCUUCGCGUUCAAAGACGGCGACAAAGCUCACGGAGAUUGUCACAAAUCAGCGUUGCAGACGGUCCUAUGUUCCGGCCCUUGGAUGUUCUUGUCUGCGAAGAUCAUCCAGUCUCUCGACUUGUUAUGGAGAAGUUGCUAGAGAAGCUGCGAUGUCGAACAUUGACUGUUCAGACUGGGUCCGAAGCUGUGCGGUAUGCCAUGGGAGAAGUCAAGUUCGACAUCAUCAUGAUGGAGUUCAAGCUGCCUCAGAUCAACGGUGCGGAUGUGGCCCGUAUGAUUCGCGACACCAAGAAUGCCAACAACCACACGCCAAUUGUUGCUGUCACCGGCUAUUUGAAAGAAUUACAGGCACCUCAUCAUUUUGAUGGGCUUAUUGAGAAGCCGCCUACAAUCACCAAGCUGACAGAAGUCAUGUCGAGGCUUUGCCAAUGGAAAGCGCCUCCGCCAAACUGGACCCCAACAGCUCACUACCCAACUAUGACUCCAUCCAUGCCUUCCAGCUUGCGUCAAGAGUCGACACGGCAAGACGAUAGUCCAACAUCGAAUUCGUCUGGCUUCCCGCCAAUGCCAUCCGGAAGCUAUCAUGGGUCGAGUAGAGAAGACUCCAUCAGCUCAAGCUUCUUCGGAGAUCCAGAAAUCCGCGCAGAGGACGUACUUGUUACCAUCCAAAAGCACAACAUCGAUGAGUGGCACGAUCGCGAUUUGGUUCGUAUGAUUGGUGGUUUGGGAAUAUCUGAAGACCCUACGACCGGUGCUGAGCUGAAGAGCGUCGGACAGACUUUAUUGCCACCGCUUACGCACGAAAUCUCUACACCAGCUGUCAUGCAGCACUCGCCAUCAAUCGCAAAGCAGAGGUCCAAUGAACACAUUGGGGCAAAGAGGCGCAAUCUUGAGGCGAGGAAACAUGAGUCUGCGGAGUCAGGUGAUGACGAAGACGAAGAGUUGGGUGAUGUCAACGUCAGGGCCAAGAGCCCGAAAACUCGACCAAAGUCAUCCUCAAAACUUGGCAUUGAGAUGCUUCGCACCAACAGCAGGGGCAGUGUCAUCUCUGUGGAGGACCUUGCAGCUACGGACACGCUUGCCUCGUCUCCUCCACCUUCCAUUUCAGAGGAUCGGGCUGCCGAGGAACAGAGCCUGACCGCUGCUGAGGAACAGAACCUGACCACUCCCGAUGCCAAGCCAAUCUCCAUUACCACGCCUCCCGAAAUUUUUCCGCAGGUUCCUGGUGACGAAGUGGAAGAUAUCGAUAUGGACGCUACGCCACAACCGCAAAUUGCGAAUGUCGAGGAUCCAGAUCGAACCCCACAAGCUUCCGCAUCCGCAUUACCUAUCAAAUAAACCACGCCCGUCAUCACCCGAAACUGCUUAGAACGUACACUACAUCCACAUUUCCUUAUUCUCGUUUUUUCUAAAAGGUGUUGGCGGUGUUAUUCUGGGAGACCUCGUGGUAACUUGAGUGGGCGUUCAAGGCACAUGGCACACACAGAGAUUGAGGACUGUUUACAUCUUUGAUCUUUCAUGCGUUCUGUGUUUCGACUCUCUGCAUGCUCCAUUGAAGCGGGUGUGGGAGGAACGACCCUGAAAUUGAAUACUCUGCUAAGCGAACAAGUUUCUUUUGUUGUUGAUCCCGAUGGGAUCUUGCGUUUUUACCACACACUGCAUACUGGCUUUUUUUUUUUUGGCCAGAUAAUCCUUCCUUCCUUUCC